CUUGCGCGCCAUACCGGCUGUGUUUUCUUCUUGGCUUCCCAAAACAAGGGGCACCUCAGUCACCGCGAGCGUAUGGCGCAUGGCCAUUGAGCUGGCUGCCAUGGGAGGCGAGCAGGCGGAGAGGACGAGGGCAAAGGAUGCAACUACACAGGUGGCUGCCGUGGGCUUUUUGGCGUUCUGCGGGCCGGGGCUGUUCAACGCUUUGAACGGCCUGGGCAACGCCGGGUCCAGCGAUCCGCGGCUGGCUGCCCUGGCCAACGGCUGCCUGUAUUGCACCUUCGCGGUCUUCGGGUACUUCGGGGGCGCUGGCUUCAACCUCCUGGGGCCCAAGCCGCUGCUGUGCUUCGGGGGCCUCACCUAUGCGGUGUACGCCACCUGCAUCUUCUUCUCAGGGAAGUUGUGGUGGUUGGCGCCUCUGGGCGGCGUCGUCUUGGGUCUGGGCGCCGGGCUCUUCUGGACCGCCCAGGGCUCCUUGAUGAUGGCGUACGCCACGCCGAAUUCCCGAGGCCGCUUGAUCGCCAUCUUCUGGGUCAUCUUCAAUCUGGGAGGAGUCAUGGGUGGCCUGCUGCAGUUCGGGCUGAACUUCCACACGAGCGGCAGCAGCGCCAAUCCUAUCUCCUACUUCACGUUUGUGGUUGUCAUGGGUUUGGGCGCCCUGAUGUCGCCGCUCUUGGCGGAUCCGUCCUCCGUGGUCCGCGAGGACGGCACCCCAGUGCUGUUCCAACAGGCGGAGUCGCCGCUGGCUGAGUUGCGAGCAGCAAUAGCUGCAAUUGGGGACCCCUUCAUCCUGCGCAAUCUCUUGUUCUACCUGGCCUCUAACUGGUUCUACACCUACAACUUCAAUGGCUUCAACGGCCAACAGUUCAACGUGCGCAGCCGCGGCCUCAACUCCGCGGGCUUCUGGGCAGCGCAGAUGUGGGCUGCGUGGUGGUUCGGCAAGGUUCUGGACGAGGAGGUGGCCCCCAGGCGCCGGGCGUGGCGUGGCCUGCUGCUCGUGGCGCUCAGCCUCGCCUUUUCUCUGGGCUGGGCGCUGCAGGAGAGUCGCACUGUAACUUGCCGGGGCCAUCUCGGCUGGGACAAAGGCAGCAGCUGCGAGCUGGAUGCGCUGGACCCGGCCAGUUGGCGCGCCAUGGGCAUCUUCCUUUUGCUUGGCGCCGCCGACGCCAUGUACCAAACCUACGCGUACUGGCUAAUGUCCAUGGCUGCUGGCAGCGAUGUGCGGAAGACUGUGAUGUACUCGGCGGCGUACAAGGGCUUGCAGUCCCUGGGCGCCGGCUUGGCCUGGUUCCUCGACCUGUCGCGCAUGUCCUACUUUACGCAGGGGGGGCUUUGCCUGGCGCUCACCUUGAGCGCCUGCCUGCCGGUGCUCGGGAGCUUCAAGGCGCUGGAGAGCAAGAAGGACAGCCCCGCCUGACCGCUCGCUUGCGAGCUGGUCUGAGCCGCACAAGUCCACCAGACAUCGGCCCUCAGAAAGCCAGAACGUGUUCCACCCAAAGUCCGAAGAAUCUUUCAGAUGGCGUGUUUCACGUGAACGCGGCCAAGCAACCUGUUUUGAACCUAGCGCUUGGCCUUUUUGCGAGCUUCAGUGUCUGGUUUCGCAGGCCGUGCCAACAAUUCCA